UGUCACUCUUGUUCUUUCUCGAGUUCACUGAAGACGCAUUUCCCCAAGAGAGACGCGUCGGGGAGGGAACUACAGGGUGAUAACACAUUUUCCUGAUUUAGCUUCACGCACACCCGAGUGGCAAACAGAGGGGGAGAGAGAAGCAUAAUUUAAAAGCAUAACCCAAAAACCGGCAUUGCAUAAAUCUGAAAAAAGAAUACGCAGCGUUCAGGAAGACACGGACUGCGAGGAUUUGUAAAAAAUAUACUGACCCCACCCAAAAAGCUAGACAGCGAACGAGCGAGGGAGCAGAGUCAAUAAAAAUGAGUAGUCAACACCCACGCCUCCACCAGUCGAGCGCUGCCGCUUCCAGUCCCGUUUCCAAUUCUGUCCACGGCUCGGAUAAGGACGCAGACAUGCCCGCCACGGAGAAGGAUCUAGCGGAGGACGCUCCGUGGAAGAAGAUCCAGCAAAACACCUUCACGCGUUGGUGCAACGAACACCUGAAAUGCGUCAACAAGCGCAUCGCCAACCUGCAGACCGACCUGGGCGAUGGGCUCCGGCUCAUCGGUCUUCUGGAAGUGCUCAGCCAGAAGAAGAUGUUUCGAAAGUACAACCAGCGCCCCACAUUCCGGCAGAUGCAGCUGGAGAACGUCUCGGUGGCGCUUGAAUUCCUGGAUAAGGAAAAUAUCAAACUUGUUUCCAUAGACUCCAAGGCCAUUGUGGACGGGAACCUGAAGCUGAUCCUGGGCCUGAUAUGGACACUGAUCCUGCACUACUCCAUCUCCAUGCCCAUGUGGGACGAGGAGGAGGAGGCCGAGGCCACCAAGAAGACGCCCAAGCAGAGGCUCCUGGGCUGGAUCCAGAACAAGCUCCCCGAGCUCCCCAUCACCAACUUCAGCCGCGACUGGCAGACCGGCCAGGCCCUGGGCGCCCUGGUGGACAGCUGUGCUCCCGGCCUGUGCCCUGACUGGGACUCCUGGGAUGGGAGCAAGCCGGUGGAGAACGCCCGAGAGGCGAUGCAGCAGGCUGACGAUUGGCUGGGGAUCCCACAGGUCAUCACUCCUGAGGAGAUUGUGGAUCCCAAUGUGGACGAGCACUCGGUCAUGACGUACCUGUCCCAGUUCCCCAAGGCCAAGCUGAAGCCCGGAGCCCCCCUGCGCCCCAAACUCAACCCCAAGAAGGCCCGUGCCUAUGGGCCAGGUAUUGAGCCCACAGGUAACGUGGUGAUGAAGAAGGCUGUGUUCACUGUGGAGACCAUCAGUGCUGGGCUGGGGGAGGUGCUGGUGUACGUGGAGGAUCCGGCCGGGCACAGGGAGGAGGCUAAAGUCACUGCCAACAAUGACAAGAACCGCACAUACUCUGUGUUCUACGUCCCCAAGGUCACUGGACAGCACAAGGUGACCGUGCUGUUCGCCGGCCUGCACAUCUCUAAGAGCCCGUUCGAGGUGGAUGUGGGCAUGGCGCAGGGAGACUCCAGCAAGGCUACUGCCCAGGGCCCGGGCCUCGAGCCUGCCGGAAACAUCGCCAACAAGAGCACCUACUUCGACGUCUACACCGCAGGAGCUGGUGUGGGGGAGGUGGAGGUGGUGAUCAUGGACCCCAGUGGGAAGAAGGACACGGUGGAGUGUGUCAUUGAGGACAAGGGCAACAGCAGCUACCGCUGCACUUACAAACCUGUCCAGGAGGGGGCGCACACCAUCUAUAUCACCUUCGCCGGUGGACAAAUCUCCAAGAGCCCCUUCACUGUCACUGUGGGAGAGGCCUGUAACCCCACCCUCUGCCGAGCGUCCGGCCGGGGCCUGCAGCCCAAGGGGCUCCGGGUGAAAGAGGCCGCCGACUUUAAGGUGUUCACCAAGGGAGCCGGGACAGGAGAGCUCAAAGUCAACAUCAAAGGACCCAAGGGUCUUGAGGAGCCCUGCAAACGGAAGGACCUCGGUGACGGCACGUACGGCUUUGAAUAUUACCCCACCUCAACCGGGAACUACGUCAUCACCAUCACCUGGGGAGGGCAGCCAAUCGCUCGCAGCCCGUUUGAGGUGAAGGUGGGCACAGAGGCCGGCCCCCAGAAGGUGCGGGCGUGGGGCCCAGGACUGGAGGGUGGCAUCGUGGGAAAAUCGGCAGACUUUGUGGUGGAGGCCGUCGGGGACAAUGUUGGAACACUGGGGUUCUCCGUGGAGGGCCCGUCCCAGGCCAAGAUCGAGUGCGAUGACAAGGGCGACGGGUCAUGUGACGUGCGGUACUGGCCAAUGGAAGCGGGCGAGUACGCCGUGCACGUCCUGUGCAACAACGAGGACAUCCAGCACAGCCCCUUCAUGGCCCACAUCACACCCUCCCCAGGGAAGGACUUCCACCCGGACAAGGUGAAGGCGUACGGUCCCGGUCUGGAGAGCAGUGGUUUGGGCGUGAACAAGCCUGCAGAGUUCACUGUGGACGCCAAGCUUGGGGGCAAAGCUCCUCUCAAGAUCCACGGCCAGGAUACGGAGGGGAAUCCUCUGGAUGUGCAUGUGAAGGACAACGGGAACGGCACAUACAGCUGCAGCUACACCCCGAAAAAACCCCUCAAGCACACUGUGAUGGUGUCAUGGGGCGGCGUCAACAUCCCCAACAGCCCUUUCCGGAUGAACGUGGGAGCAGGUUGUCACCCCAACAAGGUGAAGGUCUCAGGGCCUGGAGUUGCCAAGACGGGCCUGAAAGCCUUCGAGCCCACGUACUUCACUGUGGACUGUGCCGAGGCCGGCCAAGGAGACAUCAGUAUCGGGAUCAAGUGUGCCCCGGGCGUGGUUGGUCCCACGGAGGCCGACAUCGAUUUCGACAUCAUCCGAAAUGACAACGACACCUUUACCGUCAAGUACACCCCUCCGGGCGCGGGCAGUUACACCAUCAUGGUCCUGUUCGCUGAUCAGGCCAUUCCCAUGACUCCCCUGCGGGUGAAGGUGGACCCUGCACACGAUGCCAGCAAGGUGAAGGCUGAGGGGCGGGGCCUGAGCCGCAGUGGUGUGGAGCUGAACAAGCCCACUCACUUCACGGUGAACACUAAGGGGGCGGGUAAAGCCAAGCUGGACGCCCAGUUCGUCGGUCCCACCAAGGCGGAUGCCGUCACUGACUUCGAAAUCAUCGACAACCACGACAACACCCACACCGUCAAAUACACACCUGUCACACAGGGCACUAUGGGUGUGAAUGUCACCUAUGGCGGUGACCCUAUUCCCAGAAGCCCCUUCUCUGUGGCUGUAGCCCCCUCGGUGGACCUCAGCAAGGUCAAGGUCUCGGGCCUGCCAGACAAGAUGACGGUGGGUAAAGACCAGGACGUCGCAGUGAAGACCAAGGGAGCCGGCGGGCAGGGCAAGGUGGGGGCCAAGGUGACCAGCCCCUCUGGGAAAGCCCUCCCCUGUAAGGUGGAGCCGGGCCUGAGCCCGGAGACCAGCCAGGUCCGCUUCAUCCCCCGCGACCAGGGGCCCCACACGCUGGAGCUCACCUAUGACGGGGCCCCCAUCCCUGGGAGCCCCUUCCCUGUGGAGGCCGUGGCCCCUGCCGACCCUUCCAAAGUGCGCUGCUCAGGUCCUGGGCUGCAGAGGGCGCGGGUGGGGGAGCCGGGGCAGUUUGUGGUGGACUGCAGCAGCGCGGGCCCCGCUGAGCUCACCAUCGAGAUCAUCUCCGGCUCGGGCACCGAGGCCGAGGUGCACAUCCAGGACAACGGAGACGGCACCUACACCAUCACCUACACCCCCCUGUACCCCGGCGCCUACACCCUCACCAUCCGCUACGGCGGCCAGGACGUGCCAAACUUCCCCGCCCGCCUCAGCGUGGAGCCGGCCGUGGACUCCAGCGGGGUCAAGGUGUUCGGCCCCGGAGUCGAAGGCAAAGGAGUGUUCAGGGAAGCCACCACGGACUUCACCGUCGAUGCGCGUUCUCUGACCAAGUCCGGCGGGAACCACAUCAAGACCUGCGUCAACAACCCGUCCGGCAACUGCACCGACGCGCUGAUCCGAGACCUGGGCGACGGCACCUACCAAGUGGAGUACACCCCCUACGAAGAGGGUGUGCACAGUGUGGAGGUGGCGUACGACGGCUCCCCAGUGCCCAGAAGCCCGUUCCGUGUGCCGGUGACGGAGGGGUGUGACCCCGCCCGUGUGCGAGUGCAUGGCCCCGGCCUGCAGUCCGGCAUCACCAACAAACCCAACAAGUUCACCGUGGAGACCAGGGGUGCUGGUACUGGCGGGCUGGGUCUGGCGAUGGAGGGCCCCUCGGAGGCCAAGAUGGCCUGCACCGAUAACAAAGAUGGCAGCUGCUCCGUGGAGUACAUCCCCUACGAGGCUGGGAAGUACAACCUCAACGUCACCUACGGUGGCCAGCCUGUCACUGGAAGCCCCUUCUCCGUGCCUGUUCACGACACGGUGGACUCCUCCAAGGUCAAGUGCCAGGGCCAGGGUCUGGGCACCAGCGUGCGGGCCAAUGUCCCUCAGGUCUUCACCGUGGAUGCCAGCAAGGCGGGGGUGGCCCCUCUCAAAGUCCGCGUGCAGGGCCCCAAAGGUGUGACUGAACCGGUGGAAGUGGUGGACAAUGGGGACCAGUCACACACGGUCAGCUACGUUCCUACACGAGAGGGCCCCUACUCCAUCAAUGUGCUUUAUGCUGACGAAGAGAUCCCGCACAGUCCGUACAGGCUGAAGGUGCUGCCCACUCACGAUGCCAGUAAGGUGCGUGCUAGCGGCCCGGGCCUGAACACGAGUGGCGUGCCCGCCAGCCUGCCCGUGGAGUUCACCAUCGACGCCCAGGAUGCUGGCGAGGGCCUGCUGGCCGUGCAGAUCACGGAUCCAGAGGGAAAACCCAAGAAGGCCAAAAUCAGGGACAACCAGGACGGGACUUACUUGGUGUCCUAUGUGCCAGACAUGACGGGACGGUACACCAUCCUGAUCAAGUACGGGGGCGAUGAGAUCCCGUACUCCCCUUACCGAAUCCGCGCCCUGCCCACUGGGGACGCCAGCAAGUGCACUGUCACAGUCUCAAUUGGAGGUCAUGGGUUGGGGGCCGGAGUGGGGCCCACCAUACAGAUCGGUGAGCAGACGGUGAUCACGGUGGACGCCAAGGCGGCCGGGAAGGGCAAGGUGACGUGCAGCGUGUGCACGCCCGAAGGGGCGGAGCUGGACGUGGACGUGGUGGAGAACGAGGACGGGACCUUCGACAUCUUCUACACGGCGCCACAGCCCGGGAAGUACGUCAUCUGCGUCCGCUUCGGCGGAGAGCACAUCCCCAACAGCCCCUUCCAGGUCACCGCCCUGGAUGAAGGUCCCACAGAGCAGAUGCUGCUGCAGAGCCAGGCUCCCCAGUACGCCUAUGCACCCGGCAUGGGCCAGCCCUGGGCAACUGACCAGCCAAUGGGCAUGAACGGACUGGAUGUAGCUGGCCUACGACCUUUCGACUUGGUCAUUCCUUUCACCAUCCAGAAGGGAGAGAUCACGGGCGAUGUUCGGAUGCCCUCUGGGAAGGUGGCCAAGCCAGAAAUCACCGACAACAAGGACGGCACGGUCACUGUCCAAUACGCCCCCACCGAGGCCGGACUCCACGAGAUGGACAUCAAAUACGAUGGCAUCCACAUUCCAGGAAGCCCACUGCAGUUUUACGUGGACUAUGUGAACAGCGGUCAUGUGACUGCCUACGGGCCGGGGCUGAUCCACGGCAUGGUUAAUAAGCCCGCGGUCUUCACGGUCAACACCAAAGACGCAGGGGAAGGUGGUCUGUCUCUGGCGGUGGAGGGCCCGUCGAAGGCGGACAUCAGCUGCACUGAUAACCAGGACGGGACCUGCAUGGUGUCCUACCUCCCUGUCCUGCCCGGAGACUACAACAUCCUGGUGAAAUACAACGACAAGCACAUCCCCGGGAGUCCUUACAUAGCCAAGAUCACAGGCGAUGACUCGAUGCGGAUGUCUCAGCUGAAGGUGGGGUCUGCAGCGGACAUCCCGCUGGACAUCGGCGAGCUGGACCUGAGUCAGCUGACCGCCUCUCUGACCACGCCCUCCGGACGGGAGGACCACUGUCUGCUCAAGAUGCUGCGCAACGGGCACGUGGGCGUGUCCUUUGUGCCCAAGGAGAUCGGGGAGCACCUGGUCAACAUCCGGAAGAACGGCAGGCACAUUCCCAGCAGCCCCAUCGCCGUGACGAUCAGCCAGUCGGAGAUCGGGGACGCCAGCCGCGUGCGCGUGUCUGGCCCCGGCCUGAGCGAGGCCCACACCUUCGAGCCGGCCGUCUUCCUCAUCGACACGCGGGAAGCAGGUUACGGGGGCCUGAGCCUGUCCAUCGAGGGCCCCAGUAAAGUGGACAUCAACACCGAGGACCAGGAGGACGGCACCUGCAAGGUCACCUACUGUCCCACCGAACCGGGAAAUUACAUCAUCAACAUCAAAUUUGCCGACCAGCAUGUGCCAGGAAGUGCGUUCACGGUGAAGGUGACGGGGGAGGGGCGGAUGAAGGAGAGCAUCACCCGCCGCAGACGAGCCGCUUCGGUGGCCAACGUGGGGAGCCAGUGCGACCUGAGCCUGAAGAUCCCGGAGAUCAGCAUCGCUGACAUGACUGCCCAGGUCACCAGUCCUUCCGGAAAAGUCCACAAUGCGGAGAUCAUGGAAGGAGAGAACAACACGUACUGCAUCCGCUUCGUUCCCACGGAGAUGGGCGUGCACACCGUCAGCGUGAAGUGCCAGGGCCAGCACGUCCCGGGGAGCCCCUUCCAGUUCACUGUGGGGCCCCUGGGGGAGGGCGGGGCCCACAAGGUCCGGGCUGGGGGCCCCGGGCUGGAGAGGGCCGAGGCUGGAGUACCAGCGGAGUUCAGUAUCUGGACCAGAGAGGCAGGUGCAGGUGGGCUGUCCAUUGCCGUGGAGGGCCCCAGCAAGGCUGAGAUCACCUUCGAGGACCGGAAGGAUGGGUCCAGUGGGGUGUCCUACAUAGUCCAGGAGCCAGGUGACUACGAGGUGUCGAUCCGGUUCAACCAGGAGCACAUUCCCGACAGCCCCUUCAUCGUUCCUGUGGCCUCCCCCUCAGACGACGCCCGUCGCCUCACUGUUGCCAGCCUUCAGGAGUCUGGGCUGAAGGUGAACCAGCCCGCCUCUUUUGCUGUCAGCUUGAACGGCGCCAAAGGCGUCAUCGACGCCAAGGUGCACAGCCCUUCUGGAGCUCUGGAGGAGUGCUGCGUUACUGAGAUCGAUGAAGAUAAGUACGCGGUGCGCUUCAUUCCCCGGGAGAACGGACUGUAUCUGAUCGACGUGAAGUUCAACAAUGCCCACAUCCCCGGCAGCCCAUUUAAGAUCCGCGUGGGGGAUGCCAGCCAGGCAGGAGACCCUGGAAUGGUGUCUGCCUACGGGGCCGGUCUGGAGGGGGGGAUCACAGGCUCUCCUUGUGAGUUCAUAGUAAACACCAGCUCUGCGGGCCCCGGGGCCUUGGCUGUGACCAUCGACGGGCCCUCCAAGGUGAAGAUGGACUGCCAGGAGUGUCACGGGGGCUACAAAGUCACCUACACACCAAUGGCCCCAGGGAACUACCUGAUCUCCAUCAAGUACGGGGGCCCUUACCACAUCGUGGGCAGCCCCUUCAAGGCCAAAAUCACCGGAUCGCGUCUGGUGAGCAGCCAUAGCAUGCACGAGACCUCGUCCGUCAUGGUGGACCCCGUGUCCCGCAGAGUGUCCACCUCCCAGCAGGGGGCACCAGGCUGGGGCUCGGACGCCAGCCGCGUUGUGGCCAAGGGCCAGGGCCUGAACAAGGGCUUUAUGGGACAGAAGAACAGCUUCAGCGUGGAUUGCAGCAAAGCAGGGAGGAACAUGCUGCUGGUGGGGGUGGACGGCCCCCGGGUGCCGUGUGAGGAGAUUCUGGUGAAGCACCUGGGUAACCGCGUGUACAACGUUUCGUAUCAGCUGAAGGAGAAGGGGGAGUACAUCCUGGUGGUGAAGUGGGGCGAUGAGCACAUCCCUGGCAGCCCUUACCACAUCUCCGUGUAGCCCACUCCCUCGCCCCGUUUCCCCCAGCCUGGCCCUCUGUACCCCAGUUAUACAUACUGAAACACUGAGUGCCCCCUUCUGUUCACUAGCUUGACUUCCCUUCGUUCUGUAAGCCCUGUAGUUGUCACAUUUGUUUUUCUCAUUUUACAAACUUAAACGUACAUUUUUAUUUGCAUUCAUGGUGGAAGCUGUGGGCUUAUAUUUGAACAGUGGUAGAGACAAAUGCAUUGUAGUCAUACUUCCCAAAUAACGGUUUAGUUGCUGCUAGUUUAUUUUUUAUUUUUUAUUUUUUGGCUGGAUUUAGCAACACUGCUGUUAAAAUUGUGGGAUCAGUGGAGAGCGUUAGAGAUUGUGCCCGUUUCCCGGACAUUUGCGUUAGUUUCACGCCGCUAAACACAGCAGGGUAUUUUAGAAAUGUUUAUUGAAGAGAAAUGAAAGGGAUUUGUGAGGCAAAGCGGGGAUAAAAGCCGAGUAGCGUGCGUCGUGCAGACGGGACCAGGAGGAUAUAUAUUUGGAUUUUUUCUUUCUUUAAUUCAGUGUUACUGGUAGAUGGAACUGCUGUUUUUUGUUUUUUUUUGUUUUUUUUAAGUUCACUUUGAAGCAGUCUCAUGACUUCACUGCCACCAGCCUGCCCUGGUAUUGUUAUUAUGUAAUCAGCAUAUCAGAGUAAUGAAAAAAGGAUUGUCUUAUGUGAAUAAGAUGAAAGAAAUGGCUUUUAAGCAAUGACUGUUGCAGUUACAUUUUGAUACACAAUAAAGUUGUCUAAAAUA